AUGACUCUUCAUGGAACCUUCCAACAGCGCCCUCAACUUGGAGAAGAAACAUCAGCGGCUAAUCCAGAACCACAGCGGCAAUUUGAAACCGAUGGAGACCAAGAUGCGGAACCAGGAAACCUCCAUGUUCUGUCACAGAAUACCGCUGCAGAGAGAACAGUCUUACCACAACAGCCGCCGUUACCUGAACCUCAGCCGUUACCUGAACCUGAUAGUGGAACCAUGGCAGAUGGAAUAAGUGUUGAGACAGAUGUAGCAGCGAGAGCGUUAGAAGAACUUAAACGUGAUGGUGCCUUUGAUUGUGAACCCUACUUUGAAUACAUCAUGAAUAAUGAUGAUCUAUUUUAUGACGAGCCGCAACAGUGGAGACCACAUAGCUCUGCGUGCAAUUCAGACUGUUCUGAAGAGCGCUGCGGUUAUUGUAAUGCGCUCGUUAUCGAAGUUGAAUUGCCUGUCUUUAUAUCGGAUGAAAGCUUUCCGCAUUGA